CAGGAAAGUAAGUGACAACGUCAAGGUUGAUGUGCUGCUGGUUCCUAUAUGAUUUAGUGCCUGCCCGUCAUAUAUUAAAAACAAUGGUGUAGUGUAAAGUGAAGUUUUUGUUGGAAUUUGAAUUUUGUAGGACUAAAAACACUUCAAUUUUUCUCAAUAGUGUGUAUCAUUAGUAACAAACAUUGAUCCGAUAACUCCAAUGAAAGAGGCGUCGCCACCGGUAUCGGCGAUGGCCACCCCUACAAAUAGUAGUGGAAAUCUUGUAGAUGAAUUUGAAGAAGCUUUCCAGCAUUGUUUAAAUGUACUUACGAAAGAGGAAGCUCUAUCUACUUCUGACAAAGAUGAAAUAAAAGUAGAAGUGGAACAGACUACACUUCGAUUUAUAGAUUUAGCAAGACAAAUGGAAGCAUUUUUCCUACAGAAAAGGUUCCUAUUAUCUGCGUUGAAACCUGAAAUGAAUGUUAAGGAGGAUAUUAGUGAACUUAGACUUGAAUUAGCGAGAAAAGAAGAGCUGCUGAAGAGGCAUUAUGAAAAAAUUGCUGUCUGGCAGAAUUUAUUAGCAGAUAUACAAAGUUAUUCAAAAAGUCCUGCUCAAGGAUCUGGAACGCCAGGAGCAAGUUCUAUUCCACCUUCUCCAUUACCCAGCAUACCAGGAAAUCAGACACCAAAUCAAAUUAUUCCAAACAUGCCUGCCACUAUGCAACAACAAAUGCAACAGCAACAAUUACAACAGCAACAACAACAGUUGCAGAUGCAGCAACAAAUGCAACAGAUGCAACAACAGCAGUUGCAACAAAUGCAGGUGGGUCCAAAUUUGAGCGGGGGAGGAGUAGGACCUGGAAUGUUAUCUCCACAACAAGCACUUUUUAUGCAACAACAGGGUAUGGGUUCAUCUAGAGGACCUUUUGGUCAACAACCUCCUGGCGGAGUUUUACAGGGUCCUUUGGCAUAUCUUGAGAAGACUACUAGUAAUAUAGAUUUUUAG